AUGUUCAUCCGCAGCACCAAACGCCUCAUCCCUGCCAUCGCCGUCCUCCUCAUUCUCAGCGUCGUCCUUUUCAAGAGCUACGAUAAAACAUUUACAGACCAACUAUGGAAUCCUACACCUCUCAAUGAAGCAGAUGCCCAGAAACCUCACCUGCCUCCAAGCGCUGCCAUUCCUGGCAAACUCGAUCCAAACCUUGAUCCCAAUCUCGACCCGAACCUUGACCCCAACCUCGAUCCAGCCUUGAAGCCUAACACUCCUGUCGUAAACUUCCCUUCUCCACCGAACAGCCCGGGCCCAGAUACAGAUACCUCGAUACAUAUAGUAGACAACAAUCUCGCCAAGCCAGACCUGCUAUACGAUGCAUCAGGGACACACCGUGUGGUCAAGUCUGUGUCGACGAAGAAUGGUGCAUACUUCCCAAUCAACUGGGGCCACGGCGAACGUGCCAUAAAUCCGAACAUUAUACCUCAUCCAUAUCUCGAAGAUCACUGGAUCGUCGUCGCUCAGCGCCUGCACCCUCCGCGGUCGCCUGCGACGGCAGUAUUCUACGUCGAACUAGUCUGCAGCGCAAAGUUCCAAAACGACGUCCUCGAGUGUAUAUCACCUCCCAUAAUCCUCCCUAUCGCGAAUACCCCCAACGGCGGACACUGUGAAGGCCCUAUCGCCUUCUUUGCUCUGAACAUCGGCCCGCACGACGCCCGUGUCUUCUGGGGUCCAGACAUCCCCUAUGUCAUUUUCGGCUCCAACUCCGUCCACACCUGCCUGGGAAUGUGGGCACAGGAUUUCCGCAUGCUGACCGAUUUUGGCGGCGGCAUCGAUGAGACACCCUUCCGCAACGCCGUCGAACUGCAGCGGCCUACAGGCUCAUGGUCGUCCGUGGAGAAGAACUGGUUCUUCUUCUUCGACUGGAACAACGAAACCUACGUGCAUUUCGAUAUCGCGCCCAAGCGCGCCUUUGCAAAGCUCUCCCCGGAUGGCUCUGUCGGCGAGGAUCUGGCGUCGCAGGCUGCAACCGACGCGGCAUGCAUAGAGCAGCACAUGCCGAAAUUCGAGCCCGAAGCCCACGAGAAGAUCCACCAGAGCACAAACUCCCUUGCGAUCACGACGUGUGACCGAGCUGACCCCAAGUGUGUCCCGAGCGAAGCGAAUACCUUUGCGAUGACGAUAUACCAGCACAAGAAAUACGUCGGCAUGUUCAGCGCCGUGUACGAGCCGUACAUUGCGCUUUUCAGCCGGACCGCCCCGUUCGCCCUGUUUGCCCUCAGCACGAAGCCGUUCUGGAUCUCGGGCCGCGGCGGGUACAAGGAUAGAGGUAACCCCGUGUCGAUGAAGGAGCCGGGGUCGGAGGUGUUCAAUCGUACCGAGAUGCUGUAUAUUAGCUCGUUUGCGUGGAAGGAUGCCGGGUCGAAGUAUCAGGGGUUCAGGGAUGAUGUGCUGGUUGUGUCGUUUGGUAUUGAGGAUAAUCAGACGGCGGCUAUUGAUAUCAAGGCCGGUGACUUGCUGCUGGACUUGAGUCCGUGUGCGGCCGCGGCGGGUCAUUUGAUGGGUCUGCCGCAGUGA